GCGAGAGCUGAGUUAAGAGCGAUCGCGCAGAAACGAGAUCGCGUCCCUUCGGCAUCUCCGGCUUGCAUCCGGAACAGAUUUCCAGAAUGUGACGUUAUCGAACCUGUCUCUGGCGAUGUGGAAUGCUCCUUGCAUCCGAUGCAUUCGUUCUGUAGUCUGUCCACACUUCAGCUCAAAAAAAAAACACGACGCAGACCUCUGGAGACAGACAGGGGUCAGAGAGAGACACAGGGACUGGGAACAAAAGAGGAGGGAUUUGCGGACCGGAUAACGCGGUGACAUCAGCUGUGAAAAAUGUGUGUGUGCGCCUGCGAAUGCACAGAAUCCGGCGUGUGAGACCGUAGGGGAGGAGUGGGGAAAAAGGCGUUUCCGUGCUCAAACCGGCCAGAGCUCGGACAAACCGAAGUACUGUGAGAUCUGGCUGAAAUAUAUACACACAUUUUUUUCCUUUCCAUGUGCAGGCCUAAUGCUAAAACGAAAACACAAAUAUUAGAGAAAUUAUAAGCAAACUAUUGUAAUAUUUCCAAUACCAAUCGACGAGUGAAAGGGACUGCAGACUGUCCAAAAAGGUUCGCCUACAUCUCACGCGCGUUGAUCUGAGAGAGACACCAACGGACCCGACUGGGAUUAAACGACACUUCCUCAUUCCCGUUAGCUAGUCGGUCACAGCAUCUCUCCGCCACCGAGUCACGCCUCGGAGUACCCGGAGCCAUGUCGGAGUACAGCUCUAUGCUGAGCGACCUGUCUGAGAUCAUCACCGCGGAGGACCUGGAGAUGCUGAAGAGCGCCUGCAAGGAGGACAUCCCCGAGGACCAGAGCACUGCCAUCACCUGCUCCAACGACUGGUUCAGCUACCUGGAGAAGAACCACAAACUGGCACAGGACAAGCUGUCCUACAUCGAGCACAUCUUCGAGAUCUCACGCCGGCCGGACCUGCUGACGCGGGUCAUCGAGUACCGCACCACCGUGCUGAAGAUCUCGGAGGACGACGAGAUCGACACCAAACUCACACGCAUCCCGUCCGCAAAGAAGUACAAAGAUAUAAUUCGCCAGCCCUCUGAAGAGGACAUCAUCAAGCUGGCCCCGCCCCCCAAGAAAGCUUGAGGUCAACGUUGGUGACCUCUGCACUGCUCCCCCCUGUUCCUCAGCACCCCCCUCUUUCCCCGGUUAUUUACACCCCCACACUGACCGACCCAACAGCCCAUCGCAGCCAGCUAUGCAUAACUCCUCCCAGCACUGUGGGUGGGAAGGAGGAGGGAGAGGCCUAUGUUGCUUUGGUGAUGUCCAAUCAGAAAAGAGGACGAGAUUUGUUUGUUGCUUGACGUCGCUGAUCAGAUGCAGGACUGGGUUGCUGGAUUCGUCCUGCGGUUCCCUGUAUUGAGGCAGAUUAUGUAGACUCUUAGGUUUUUAGACCCACAGACCUACUGGAGCAAUCGGCACAGUUGAAAUUAUCAGAAUUUGGUUUAAAUUCAAUUCAAUUCAGCUAAAUUCAAUUUAUUGUCAUUAUACCAUUCCAGUAUAACAAAAAGUCUUGUUCGCCAGUCUCUCUGGUGCAAAAUAAAAGCAUAGUGCAGACACUGACACAGUUAAAAAAAAACACACUUUCAAGACAGUUUUAGACAUAAAAAACACAAAAACAAAACUAAAUAAGUAAAUAAAAAUAAGAAUAGAAAAGCGUUAAAAAAAUUUAAAGUUAUGUAUAAAAAAUGCAAGUGGUCAUGGGUAAAAAGUAUUGCAGUGCCAUUAAAAAUUCCUGUUAUUGCACGACCCAUGUCCAUAGUCAGGCGUAGUAAUCAAAGGAAAGGAAUUUGUCGCCUGAACUCUACCGCCCCCUGAUGGCACCAGCCCGACACUUUAACAAAUAUUGGCCUGCAAGAGAAGGAUAGCAGAGGGGUUUUUUAAGUGAGAGCAAAACUAUAGGAGAAGAUAUGGAGAAAGACAGAGAUCAUUUGACUUACUUUCUCCUUGCUUUUCACUAGUCCUUGUUUGACAAUUUGUGCACAUGGGGGAAGUGGGAGUCAUUUCAACACCAGCCACCAGUCUGGCAUUGAGGAUAGGUGGUUAAAGUGGUGGAUUAAAGUCCUUCCUGUUUGUGA